AUACCUUUUCCUUGUCCAGAACCAUGUCUGCCGUAUUCGCCCGCUCUGCCCUUCGCGCCCAGGUCUUGGGCCGCUCUGGCCUGCACUCUAGUGCAGUCGCCCGCAGCGCCGCCAAGGAAGCCGAUGGCUCGCACUUGCCUUUCAGCGUCAACAACAAGGCUGCGUUUGGGACCAAGCUCGGUCUCUUCAUGAGUCUCGGCUUUGGACUCCCCUUCAUUGCUGCUGCAUGGCAGAGGUAUAAGGCGCAGUAGAUCUGCCUUCCUCUUGCUUCGCAUUGUCCGUAUCCUGCAUAGAUCGCAAUAUAUCAUACACUCUGCACUUGGAAAUGCUGUCGUAUGCUCCAUCGCCCGAUCUCGCGCCGUUGAACCGCCGUCAGGCUUUGAAUUCGGACAAGAAUUGAUCGACAUCCCUCUCCGCUUUUCCCAUUCCUGCUGUACGACAGGUGCACGUCCUCGCGACCAAACCGGGGUCUCUAUCCAACUUGUUGAGGGCAAUCGAUGACGCCCCCCUCGCUGCCAGAACGCCGUUGACCGCUGUCUUGCUGGCGAUCACAGCACCAUGCAAAAGGA